GAAACAUACUUCGCAGGAUGCGCAUUCACCUGUCAGUCAUUGAUGGUACGCCCACUUCUGCGCAGAACGGCCUGCAAGGUAUUUUCGAAAAGAAUACCAAGGCUUGUACGCUCUACUAUAGGACACGCCUCGGUUCUGCCCACGUGGUUACUAGGGAGGUGACAAAUUUUAUUUUGAAGUACAAUUUCUGUCUUCAUAGAUCGCUAUACAGCAGAAUGUCGAGUCAAGCAGUAGAACUUGUUGAGGACAGUAUGAAAUUCCCAUUUCUGGAAAAGCCAAACUGUGUUGAUAUAAUUAAAGAAGAAAAAAUCUUCUUUAUUUUAAGAGGCCUCCCAGGCAGUGGAAAAUCAACUCUUGCUAAAGCUAUUGCCGAGAAGUACAAACAUGCAUCUAAAGUGAUUUCAGCAGACACGUAUCGAAUUAACCCAUCCAAGCAGGAGUCUCUUCCUAAAGAGUAUCAGCAAAUGGAUGAGGACCUAGAGUCUGAGUGCAAGCAGGCAACAAAAGUUAUUGUAGUAGAUGACACCCACCAUGAUGAAAGACGACUUAAUUACCUUUAUGAUUUGGCUGACCAGUAUGAAUAUUUCAUUCUUUUUGCUGUACCUCACACACCGUGGAAUAUUAAUACUGUUGAACUGAUGAAGAAGACUAAGUGGAAUCUCACUGCUAUACAGAUGAGUGAACUGAACAUGUGCUCUUUAGAACAAAUCCCUGUGCCUUACUACUUUGGCUGGUUUCUGUGCAAUAAAAGUGCCAAGAUUCUGCAAGAAGAGGGAAAGAGCUUUUGGAAGCAGCUAGAACAGUGUGAAAAGUUCAAAGAGGAGUUGCCUUACUUUUCAGCUGCUGAUGGUGCAGAUGGCGAAAAGUCAAUUAAUCUGGAUGAGUUUUUUGUAACCAAGCCUUCUAAAUUGCAUUGUACAACAAAGUUUUGUGAUGGUGGAAAUGCUCCAGGAUCGAUGAAAUAUGCUAGUUUGGAAGCUGUCACAAAAUCUUUGGGAGAUGUAUUUGACCUGCACAUUACUGCUCUGUUUGUUACACCCAGAACAGCUGGUGCUCAAGUAAAGCUUGAGGAAAGGGAGCUUCUCUUGUGGCCAGAUGAUGCAGAAAAUGAAGCUGCAGAAAAAGAUGAAGACAUUCUGCCAAAUCUACAUAAAGGGAGCCGUGCACAUAUCACUUUAGGCUGUGCUGAAGGUAUUUCAGCUGUUGUGACUGGCUUUGAUCUACUCCGUUUUAUAAGUCUGAAGAAGGGUGGUGGUAAAGGGGAAUACAUUGAAAAGAUUUCCAAAGGAGAGCUUCACUAUUUCAGUAAAGGUUUGUGGAUGCUUUAUCUUGAUGAAGAGAUAAAGGUCAAGGCCAUGUUUGGAGGAUCCUAUCACAAAAAGGAACAAGAAAAAGUCCCAACAACAAAGAAAGAAACUAGAGGGUGCACGCUUAUUUAAUCAUCAGGAAGAACAUUUGAGAGAGACAUUUUUUUUACAACUGUUUUUAUUCCAUUUGUUCAAAGAACUUUAAAAUGUGACCCUGCGUUUAAUCACUCUGAUUGGAGUUUCAUAUCCUUAUAAGAGUCUGUCGAAAAGGAAUUAAACUCUCUUGCAUGAAAUUUCAAAAACUGACCAAACUUGGAUUUGCCUUGAACCGUGGUAUUGUAGUGAAGAAAGAAUACUUUUAUUGAAGUUGAGAAAGGACAGACACGCGUUUUCCCUUGAACAUGUGUACUGAUGUCUGUUUUGUUAGCUGCCUGUCGUUAAGAGCAGACAUGGGUAUUCAGCAAGGAUCCAAUAUGCAUUUGAUUCCAAUGCCUACUUGUGAAACAGCUUCAGAAUGUCUUCAGUAAUCGUGAUUUGUGGAAGGACAUUAAUGUAUAUCGUUUGUCAACCUUAUUUUUCUUUGUGCUUAUAAAACCCAAGUGACUUGCCAAAAUUAUCUCAACAGCCUGAAGAUGCAGUACUGUGUUACCAUCAGAUGAAUAGAUGUGCAACCACACUUCUUGCUGAAGCUAAUAUCGUCAACACUGGGAUAUUGGUUUUCAUUUUCACUUGACUGGACUUGGUUUGAAUUUUUGUGACUCGACUCCCAUAAAAGUCGUGUCCAGAGAUUGAGUGGUGCACAAUGGACACUCUACAAUGGCACCUUGAAGAGUUACCAUAAGAAAUACAGGUAGCUGUCAAACUGAGAGGAGUAAUGUCCAAGUGUCCAUCAGCUGAACUUGGUGGUAUGGCAACGAUCUUGUCUGCAUUAAAAAGAAAUGGAUUUUAUUCAGAGGUGAAAGAGGAUGUUGGGGGAAAAAAGUGAAAACGCCAUGCAAUAGGCAGCUUGCCUGUUAGGAAACUUUUGCAGUUCAUGUAGACAGAUGUAUAGGUCCAUGAUUGGAAUUUUUGGUUCAUUAGUCAUUCGUGAUAGAACUCCUUCUCAAAUCAAACAUUUGCUGACUGCUUUUUCUUCAUAUUCCACCAUGACUUUAGGCAGUUUUGUUCCAACAGUCUCAACACAUUAUUUUCCAAUUAACUUAAAGUAAGAAACUUGAGAGCAAGUCUGGAAACGCUAAGAUUUGUGCAAGAUUUGUAGUUGUAGACAUUUUGAAUUUUGGAAUUCUAUUUGUAACUCUUAAAAUGUAGUUGUAGUCAUUUUAUAAUUUUUGUUCUACUGGACUACUCCAGCUGUCUAGCUCUGUAAAGAUUCCCAAAGCAAAAGCAAGGACAUCUUUUAAAUGUUUGUAACCCGUAAAACAAGUACUGUGAGCUUCCAAAGUAUUCCACUUUUUAAACACUGUUUAUAAAAUGUGGGCUGUAUACUGUAGUGCCAGCCUGAUUGUCAAACGUGUGCAGUCUGCUUUAGUACAAUUCUUAUCUUAAAUUUUAGUGUAGGUGUUGAAACAUUGGCAUUUUAAUUAAAAAUGUGGUUAAAUGAAGCAUGAGGUUAGUCUGUAAGUUGAUUGUUUUGGGGGGGGGGGGGUCAUUAACUUUGUUUUUCAGUCUAAUUUUAAACCUUGAGUUAUUGACAGUGUCACCAUCCAUUGAGAAAUUACUGUCUAUCUUAUCACUGGAAUCUGGUCAAUGAAGCUUUCCCCAGUAGCAAGCUGUUCUAAUUUAGUGGUAGUGAAAGAAGGUCACUUUGCAUCUGUGCUUAGGAUUUAUAGUGGUGGGGUGGGCAGUGCAGAAAUUGUUUGCUUUUUCAUAUGGACACUGUCCGAAUUAAUUAUUGGGGUUACAUUGUUUUGAGACAAUAUCAUGUAGGAAGUCUGAAUUUUUGCUGUCUCCUUCAAGUAGAAUACCUUCCCUGAUUAGUGAGUCUUCAAUCCCAUACAGUGUACUGCUCCGCUUUGCUCAUUGUCUACAUAUAUAAUUAAGAAAGUUUCUCUCCACUGGCUAGUCUCUACCCAUUACAACAGACAUUAUUUUAUAACAUUAACUAUGAUCGUUUUGGUUUGUGGCUCUAUGUUGUAAUAAAUCUAAUUCUUAUGUGCCAAUGUU